AUGGAACAACUUUUACAAUGGGGAUUACAGCAUUCUGUUAAAAACGAUGGAGAUGCAGAGGAUCUUAAGAAGAUGGCUGAAACUGCUAAGCACGAAUCAGGGCCAGGUCAGAAGUACGAUCCAGCGGUGCUUGAUAAGAUUCUCGGUAAAUCUGAUGCAGAAAUGAUGAAGGAAGCUAUGAUUGUCGCCACUAACGAGGAAGCCACCCUUGAUAACAAGUUAAUUGCACUCGAUAACUUUGAAAUGCUUGUUGAGCAAGUAGACAAUGCAAAGAACAUGAAGAACAUCGGUUUAUGGGAACCCAUUUACUCACUCCUCAAGCACGGUGAGGAUGAAAUUAAAGUUGCAACUGCUGCUUGUACAGGUGCAGCUAUCAACAAUGACUACGAGACUCAAGAUACCUUCUUUGAGAUGGAUCCACUGCCCCUUUUCAUCAGUUACCUCGAAUCAUCCAACAAGACAUUACAGAAUAAAGCACUACUUAACAUUUCGGGUCUUCUCAAACACAACCCCGUCGCUGUACAUAAAUUCACUAGUGUAGGUGGAUGGACAGCACUUGGUAAAGCUUUACAAGACAACAACAAUCUCAACUUACAGCGCAAAGUGACCUUUUUGAUCAAUACGCUGCUGCUUUCGGAUGAUAUUACAAUGAAACCAGUUGCAGCACCAACAAGUACAGCUACUGGUGUUGCUAUACGCCAUGAGAGCCAAUUUCCAGGCGACAGAGCACCACGCACACCAAGCACGGAGGGUAUGGUGAGUGAAGCACUCUACAAGCACAACUUGCUUGAUGCUAUCCUCUCACUGCUUCCACCAAAUCAAUCAACCGAUAGCGAUCUACAAGAAAAGGCAUUGAGGGUCGUCAUAACACUCACGCAGCAAUCAUCAAAGAGAAAAGAGGGUGAAAGAGGAUAUAUGACACCAAGCGUGAAAUCUAGACUGAGGGACUGCUUCAGGAACAUACGCCCAACUUGGAUUAAGUGCUGCUGA